AGUUUGGCCACUGCUCUACUUCCCGGCCCCGGUAUCCGGUGGGGGACCCAGAUGGGGCAAGAAAUGGCCCGAUGACUGGUCCCAGCGUCUCCGAAUCCAUGUCGGACCCGGAAACUGACGUUUUGCGAAGCACCUUUCCCUCUUACAUGGCGGAGGGCGAGCGGCUCUACCUCUGCGGGGAGUUCUCUAAAGCCGCCCAUAGCUUCAGCAACGCUCUUCACCUUCAGAAUGGAGAUAAGAAUUGCCUGGUUGCCCGUUCCAAGUGCUUCCUGAAGAUGGGAGAGUUGGAGAAAUCCCUGAAAGAUGCUGAGGCUUCACUCCAGGGUGACCCGACUUUCUGCAAGGGGAUUUUACAAAAGGCUGAGACCCUGUACACUAUGGGAGACUUUGAGUUUGCCUUGGUGUUCUACCAUCGAGGCUAUAAGCUGCGGCCUGAUCGGGAAUUCAAAGUUGGAAUUCAGAAAGCCCAGGAAGCCAUCAACAACUCAGUGGGAAGUCCUUCUUCGAUUAAGCUAGAGAACAAAGGGGACCUCUCCUUCCUAACCAAGCAGGCUGAGAGUAUGAAAGCCCAGCAGAAGCCUCAUCCUUUGAGACACCUCCUCCACCACCCCAAGAGAGAGUCCAAGCGGAAGGGCUCAUUCAAGAGUGAGAAGAUUGUCCGCCAGCUCCUGGGCGAGCUCUACGUGGACAAGGAGUACCUGGAGAAGCUCCUACUGGAUGAAGACCUGAUCAAAGGCACCAUCAAGCAUGGCCUGACUGUGGAGGACCUCAUCAUGACGGGCAUCAACUACCUGGACACCCGUAGUAACUUCUGGAGGCAGCAGAAGCCCAUCUAUGCCAGGGAGCGGGACCGGAAGCUGAUGCAGGGGAAAUGGCUGCGGGACCGCAAACGCCGUCCCUCUGAGACAGCCCACUACAUCCUCAAGAGCCUUGAGGACAUCGACAUGUUGCUGACCAGCGGCAGUGCUGAAGGAAGCCUUCAGAAAGCUGAGAAAGUGCUGAAGAAGGUGCUGGAGUGGAACAAAGAGGAGGUGCCCAACAAGGAUGAACUGGUUGGAAACCUGUACAGCUGCAUAGGGAAUGCCCAGAUUGAGCUGGGCCAGAUGGUGGCCGCCCUGCAGAACCACAGAAAGGACCUGGAGAUCGCCAAGGAAUAUGACCUUCCUGAUGCCAAGUCGAGAGCCCUUGACAACAUUGGUAGGGUUUUUGCCAGAGUUGGGAAAUUCCAGCAAGCCAUUGACACGUGGGAGGAGAAGAUCCCUCUGGCAAAAACCACCCUGGAGAAGACCUGGCUGUUCCAUGAGAUCGGCCGCUGCUACUUGGAGCUGGACCAGCCCUGGCAGGCCCAGAAUUAUGGCGAGAAGUCCCAGCAGUGCGCGGAGGAAGAAGGGGACAUAGAGUGGCAGCUGAAUGCCAGUGUUCUGGUGGCGCAGGCACAAGUGAAGCUGAGAGACUUCGAGGCGGCUGUGAACAACUUUGAGAAGGCCCUGGAGAGAGCGAAGAUUGUCCAUAACAACGAGGCGCAGCAGGCCAUCAUCAGCGCCUUGGACGAUGCCAACAAGGGCAUUGUCGAAGAGCUUAAGAAAACCAACUACAGGGACAUGCUCAAAGAUAAGAAAGAGAAAGAAGAGGCCGCUGAACUGGAUAACACAACAGUGAUGGCAAGGGAAAAGGAAACGAGAAGAGGGAGAGAUGAACCCGAGAAGGUGAUGAAACAGUGGGAAAGAGAGCACACUGACAGUGACAAAGAGACAGAAGAUGAGUUGUCUAAGGAAGCCCUGAGGAUCACAGCGAGUGGACAAGAAGAAAACGGGUGGAGAGGAGGAGAAAAAGCCAGCUCCUUACGGCAGAUGGAACUGGGAGUGAUGGGGAGAGAUUCAGAAGACGUUGCCAAGAGACUGUCCAGAGAACUAGGGCUAAGAAGAUCGGGAGAAGCAGGCAGGAAACUAUCAGAAUUGAGUAGAAGGGAAUCAAGAGAAAUUUACAGGAGGCCUUCAGAACUGGACCAAACACUCUCCGAAGAAUUAAGCAGAGGGGAAUCGGAGGGACUAGAGAAGAGACUUUCAGAAGCCGGCGAAAGAGAGUUGGAAGAACUGGGGAAAACAGAAUUGGGAACAGUCAGAGAAAUGAAAAAAUCAGGAAAUGGUGAAAAAAUGGAAAAAGAUGAUAAGGAAGAUGAAUGAAGCCAUUAUUAGUAGGCAUUAGGAUCAGGAGGCCGGUGUCUGCAGGCACCAUGGGGAUCCUAGUAUACUGGACUUUCAAGCUGAGAUUUGCCUUUAAUAGGAAAAAAUGUGGCCUGGGCCCCACAGGUCACCUCAGUCCCUUUCUGUUACUGUUCUCCCUUUAAAUAGAUACCUUUCACUCUUACAACACCUGACUCUGUCAUUUUGGCUUCUCACCCCUACCCAUUCCCAGAAGAGCUUUAGAGAAUGAAUGACCUGGCACGGGGCACCACUUCCAAGCAGAACUCUGACCUGACCUGACUAGUGAGAAACACAGAGACCCCCAAGAAGGCCUGAACCAGGGUGGGAUCAAGUGUGGAAUGUGGUCCUCUCCCCCAGGCCCAGUCUAAGGGCCUCAUGGAAGAAAUGAGAGAGGUGCUAAGAAAGGGUUUCAGGAUGGUGAAGAAACAGGUGGGCUCCCAGGAACUGGGAAAGCUUACAGCAGGGAGAAAGACAAAGGCCUGGAGGUAUGGCUGCCCAGCUUCUGGCCAUUGGUUCAUCUGGCUGAGGACCUACGGUCUGCAGGGCGCUGUGGGAGGCUUUAGGGAAGAGAGAGUGAUGGGACGGUCUCGGCCAUCACAGGGUGAGCGAGACCUAUUGUAAACCCCUAAGCCUUGAAAGCAGAAUGAAAUGAAUGCUGUACUGAUAGGGGCAUUGUGCUUCAGGAGCCAAGAGGAAGGAAGAAGUUUCCUGCCCGGGAACAGGGAGCAGCCUGGCAGUGGGAGCCACACCACCUCCCGGCAGUCCAGUCCAGUCAGUGAGGCUCCCCAUGCUUGUGUCCUCCUCUGGAGAAUGGGCGCCUGUCUCAGGGGCUGCCGUGAGGACGAAGAGUGCUCAGCACCGCACUCGGUCCACAGGAAGCUCUCAAAAAUCACCCGAGCUUCCAGUGGCUUCGCGGAGGAGGUUGCGGCUGAGUUAGGAUUUCACUACAUUAGUCAUCUGUCCCUUUGGCCAUUGCCAUCCUGGUUCCUUCUCCACAAUUCCCAGAAAAGUUGGGACUGAGGUUGACUUUGGGCUGGGACCUGGCCGGACUAAGGUGAGGCAAGUGAGGCAUUUCAGAUGUAACAUUUCAUGGGGCGCCAAAAACUCAGUAAGCAAGAUAAACAGUAUUUUAAUGCAAUAUUGUAAAAAAAGUUAAUGCAAAAACCCAUGAUGAAUAAAAUAUCAAAAUUUUAAAU